AUGUCCGCAUCUCAAUUAUUUAACCGUAUCGGCCAGUUUGGGUUAGGCGUAGCCCUAGUCGGUGGAGUAGUGAACUCUGCCCUCUUCAAUGUAGACGGAGGUCACAGGGCCGUCAUUUUCGACAGAUUCGCCGGAGUCAAAAAGCAAGUGAUCGGCGAAGGUACCCACUUUUUCAUCCCCUGGAUCCAAAGACCGAUCAUUUUCGACGUCAGGUCCAGGCCCAGGAACGUGCCAGUCGUCACAGGAAGUAAAGAUCUUCAAAAUGUAAAUAUCACUCUUCGUAUACUGUUCAGGCCGGUUGCCGAUCAGCUACCGAAAAUCUAUUCGGUUUUGGGCCAGGAUUAUGAGGAACGUGUAUUGCCAUCCAUCACAACUGAAGUCUUAAAAGCAGUUGUUGCACAAUUCGAUGCGGGAGAAUUAAUUACACAGCGUGAUCUCGUAUCUCAGAAAGUUAGCGACGAUUUGACUGAAAGAGCAUCACAGUUUGGAGUUAUUUUAGAUGAUAUUUCAAUUACACAUUUAACUUUCGGCAGGGAAUUCACAUUAGCUGUAGAAUUGAAACAGGUUGCCCAACAAGAAGCUGAAAAAGCAAGAUUCCUUGUAGAAAAAGCAGAACAAACCAAAAAAGCGACUGUAAUUUCUGCAGAGGGUGACGCUCAAGCUGCAAUCCUUCUGGCCAAAGCUUUUGGUGAUGCUGGUGAAGGUUUGGUUGAACUUAGGAGAAUAGAAGCCGCCGAAGAUAUUGCUUACCAACUAUCUCGCUCCAGACAAGUGGCUUAUCUUCCGGGAGGCCAAAAUAUGUUACUAAACGUGCCUACGCCAGGAAACUAA